AUGGCCCACUUGCAGAAUUUACUGCUUAUUGCUCUUCUUCCUAAUCUGCUCCACGUCGCUCGUGCAGCUCAUAUUGAAGCAGCUAGCUUGUCGAGCGUGCUAACCAGCAUAAUUCCUGUCAGCUCAGCUUCCGUGUCUGUGGUUCCUACCUUCUCCAGUCCAGUGACCUCGUCCAAUGUCAUCUUCUCGACGCCUACAACCACCACAAUCGCCUCCACAACGCCCACUGCCGGUGGCACCUUCCCUCCAGUCGGCUCUAUAACCAAGGACUUCUCUCCCUCCGGCCUGUCGUCACUUUGGGACGUGGUAGGACCCGUUACUGCGCCUCCUUUCACUACCACCGUCGAACCGUCUCUCCCGAUUGUGCUGCCCUCUGCGCCUCCUGCGCUGUACCCUGAUUUCUUCUCGCCUGGACCAGCUGGAAUAUUGCCCGAUUUGAAGUUUCCGGAAGGGUUCAAGUUUGGAGUGGCGACGGCGGCGUUUCAGGUUGAAGGUGCAGUGAAGGAUGGAGGUAAGGGGCCGUCGAUGUGGGAUUGGACGAGUCAUCAGCCUGGAGCGAUUUUGGAUGGGUCGAAUGCGGAUGUCGUGGACUUGCAGUACUAUAUGUACAAGGAAGACGUCGCUCGCACGGCGGCACUGGGGGUCAACGCCCAUUCCUUCUCCAUAUCGUGGGCCCGAAUUUUCCCCUUCGCUACAGCUGAUUCACCGGUCAACCAGGAAGCAUUGGACCAUUACUCGGAUCUCAUUGAUUACCACAAUUCGAUGGGAGUUGAGCCUGUUGUCACUCUCUUUCACUGGGACACGCCUCUUGCCGCACAAGCUUACUACGGAGGGUUCACCUCUGCAAACAUCGUCGACGACUAUGUAAACUAUGCGAAGACCGUCUUUCAAGCCUAUAACGGCCGAGUUAAAACUUGGUAUACGUUCAACGAGCCCAGAGUCUUUUGUAGUGCCAUCGCUGGCUGGCCAUUCAAUGAUACAUUUGCUCCCGGUGUGAACUCCUCAACGGCUCCGUUCCAAUGCGCGUAUAAUCUUUUGAAGUCACAUGUGGGGGCUGUCAAAGCCUUCAAGGAGAUGAACAUCUCUGGAGAAAUCGCCUUCAAGAACGACGACUUUGUCGGUAUGCCGUGGCGCUGGAACAACUCCGAUGAUGUUGAAGCCGUUGAACGUCACGCAGCGUUCCAAAUCGGUAUCUUUUCGGACCCGGUGUACGCCACGGGUGACUGGCCCCAAAUCUUGCUGGACACGCUCCCGGAGGCGUGGUUGCCACGGUUCACGGAUGAAGAGAAGAAAGAGUUACUCGGCGCAGCCGACUUCUUCGCCAUUGAUCCUUACCGCACGCAGUACAUCGUGGCGCCUGAAGACGGGCUCGUUGCGUGUGUCAACAACAUGUCCCACCCGCUCUGGCCCCAAUGCAACACACCGGUGAUGUACGAUUCCAACGCCGGCUGGGCGGUCGGACCGAGUCCGGAUCCUUUGAGCAACAGUUGGUUGCAGGCGACGCCACAGUUUGUAAGGUCGAGCUUCAAGCAGUUGAGGGAGAGGUGGAAUUUCACGAAGAUGUAUGUUUCUGAAUUUGGGUUCGUGGAGCCGUUUGAGGAGUUUAGGGAGGAGUUGUUCAGGAUCACUGAGGACGUUACGAGGACUAAUUACCUGCUCACGUACCUAGGAGAGAUUUUACUCUCUAUCCACGAGGACGGCAUGCCUAUUGCCGGAGCGUUCACUUGGGCGAUGGUGGACAACUUUGAAUGGAACUCCGGCCUGAGCGCAAAGUUCGGAAUUCAAUAUGUGAACUAUAGUACCCAGGAAAGGACCUACAAGAGGUCUGCUAUGGAUAUUUCGGCGUUCAUGAAAGCACACCUGCAGAAUUCGACCUCGGCGAGCUGAGUCGGACAUCUUUUUGGGCAAUUGAAUCUCGCAUUGUAUUGACAGUUGAGAAGAGGCGCCGGUGCCGGCGAAUCCUAGCGUGUUGAAUUCGCAUUAUGUCGGACCACUUUUCUCUGUCAUCGGAAGUGACGAGCUGAGUGCGAACGAAGCUUUAAGUUGCAGGUACUGACUUAUUGGGACAUGCCAAUUUACUUCCGGCAAUAUAAAGCCUGAGUGUAUUUACUAAGGCUCCAACUGAAUAGCGACCGCCUGUCAU